AUGAUGCGUAUCACCAUGUCAAAUAAGAUGAGAAGUAUCAGGCUGCAGUUAGAUAGGAUUGCUGAUGAUGUCAAAAAAUUUAAUUUCCUCCUACCUCCGGUGUCGUCAAUAGAGCAAGCUAAUAAUGAAAGGGGGAGAGAAACGUACAUUGGUGCUAGAGAUGAUGUUCAGAUGGUGGGAAGAGAAAAAGAGAAGAAGCAUAUCCUCAAGCUAUUCCAAAACAAUGGAGAUCGAGAAAGCUCUAUCAUUGCUAUUGUUGGCCUUGGUGGAAUGGGUAAAACAACUAUUGCAAAAUUUGUUUACACUCUCAAGGAAAGCAAUGAGUUUCACUUUGAUCUAAAAGCAUGGGUCUAUGUCUCAAUGGACUUCAAACUAGAGAAAGUUAUUGCUGAUAUUAUCUCUGAGCUAGAUGGUCGCAUUAUUCCAGUAAAAGAUGUUACUCUGCAGCAUCUAAAAUCUCAGCUUGAAAACAUACUCUAUGGCAAGGUCUAUCUUAUUGUGUUAGAUGAUUUAUGGGAGGAAAGUAAACAUACCAUGAAGGAGCUGGUGGACAUGUUACAAUCUGGAAAGAAAGGCAGCAAAAUAGUAGUAACCACUCGUAGUGAAAAUGUUGCUAGUACACUCUUUGACGUGGGGUCUUCACAUUUUCAUCUGGUUGAACAAAUUAAACUAGAGGGUUUAUCAGAUGACGAAUGCUGGUCUAUCAUGAAGCCUCAUAAUUUAGGAGAUGAUCAAAUUAUUGACUUUGUGGACAUUGGUAAAAAAUUGCAAAACUAUGCAAUGGAGUACCUCUAG